UUUUUGUUGUUUAUUCCACUAUACUAAUUAAUUAUUCAUUGUCAGGUACGCCCACUCUAGGUGGGGCUGGGUUGUUUAUUUCUAUUUUUGUCUUUCACUACUACAAAAUCAAUCAUGUCGAGUACUGCUAAGUUGCAGGGUAAAGUAGAUAAUGUCAAAUCCCAAAUGCGGAAAAACUUGAACUCUGCUAUGGAGAGAGGAGAUCAUUUGGACGAUAUGGAAGAAAGAGCAGGUAAUCUUGCCGAUACAGCUGACAUGUUUCAAAAGAGAACAAAGAGACUGAGGAAGAAGGAGAGGUGCUCCAAUUUUAAACUUUGGCUAGUGAUAUGUGUACCAAUUAUUUGUAUCGUUCUGAUAGUUCUCAUUGUCACUGCUAUUGUUAUUGGAGUGAUUGUCUCUAAUCAGAAUAGUAACUAAUGAUUCGAAUUACACACGCACACACAGACACACACCAUUUUUAUUCCUUAAACAUUGUACCAAUGUUUGUGUUGCUCGCUUAGCUUCCUACACCGAAGCAUGGCAAGAUUAAUUAAUGUAUUAUUAUAAAGAACAUCUGUUUAUAGUGUACUAGAUUGAGCUAAACACACAGCUAUGUACAUUAAUAUACAUUUAAUGAUGUAACAUUAAUCUAGAGUUGUUUGACUCAUUUCUGUAUGUAGAGCUAGGUGGAGACUAGAAUGAGCUGCACCUUAGCUCUCUCAGUGUACAAUGACAUUGGGAAUUGAGUGGGAUGGGAAUAGAGAUGGUAUAACGAAUCACUCUAUUUAGGCUACUCUCUACUUUCACUUUUAAUGUUUGCAUUCAUGAGAUUUAUCACGGCAGCAGGCAAAAUGAUAGCUACCUUUUUACUUUUAUUUUUCAGUGUAUCUGCAAGUCCUAUCAUUGUCAGUUAUACAGACCAACUGGAGGAACUUUUGUGUGACUAUCAACAUGAAGCCCAUGGCACUGAUGUAGUUUUACACCUGGCUACUAACAUCACUCAUGAAAUUACUUCAGGUAACUUUUGUAACAUUAACAUAAGCAAUUCCUCUCUCACUAUUACCAGUAUCAGUGAUACAGUAGCACUCAUCAAGUGCAUGCCUAAUAAUAAAACCCAAUAUGACAAAUACUGGACUAGAGGGUUUGCAUUUUAUGGUUCUAGUGGUUCAUUGAAAUUGAGUGACCUCAAAUUUAUCAAUUGUGGUACCAAUUUGACUACUUUAGGCAGUAACAUUAGCAUCAUAAAUUCCACCAGUUCCCCUAUUCAUUUCACACAAUAUCAUGCUGCUGUUCUGGUACUCACAGAUAUAGCUCGUCUUGUUGUUGAAGAUGUAAAUAUUGUUAACUACACUGGGUUUGGUUUAAUUUCAGUUAAUCUUCCAAAUGCUUCAUUUAAUCGUCUUGAGAUUAGUUAUUCGCAAAACUAUGUAUUAGCUGGUUUUAAACAAAUCAGCAUAGGAAGUGGAAUGCUUGUUCUUUUCUGUAAUCACACAAAAUCAUCAGCCCUUUCAUUUGACAGUAAAUAUGACUUAAGAGUUAACAAUUCCACUUUUGCAUAUAAUUUUGCUUUCAAUCAAUAUUACAGCAAUACUCGAAUAGUAUGUGUCUCAGAAAUUCGUCAUGAUUCCUUUUCUUCUAUGCCCGUUAUUAAUGCAGCUGGUUUUACAAUCCUCUAUAUGCAAACUAAUCUACCUGCAACUGUUACUAUUGCUAAUAGUAGCUUAAGCAAUAAUGUAGGCUUUCUAGCUGCAGCUUUACUACUAUUUCGUUUCGUUUCAAGAUAUGAUUCACAAACAAUAAUCAACAAUUCACAAUUUACAAACAAUUCAAUGAUAAUGGGAAUUUGUCAUGGUGCUGCAGUAGCAGGUAGUUUCUAUUUUGACAAUAGCAACCCAAACACUGAAUACAAGCCAUUGACAGUCACAAAUACAUUGUUUUCCCAUAGUGGAAUUCAAUUCACAGAAUAUUUGCCACAAAGCUCAGGAGCAAUAGAUAUAAAAGUCAUUAGGGGUGGUAAUGAGAUCGAUGGCUUACUUCCAAAUGUAACAUUUCAAUUUCAUAGUUCAAAUUUUACUAAAAACAAUGCACAGAAAUCUGGAGCCUGCAUAUAUGCUGCUGUCUUUGUAUACCAUUUUAUAGAACAAGCAAAAAACAAUGUUCAUUUCAUCAUGGAGUCAAUAAUAGCAUACUAUAACCCAAGCCCAACCUUUGUUAACUCAUCAGCAAAAGUUUAUAUUCCUAUAGAUUUAUUCCAUUUCUCAAAUAUAAAUUUCAUCACAGUUAAAGGUUCAACAUCAAAACCUGGAUCAUUCUUUCACAACUAUGGAACAGUUUUUACAAUGAUUGAUUCAAAAAUUAUUCUAGAAGGGACUCUAUUUUUUCAUAGCAAUAUUGCUGAUCAUGGAACAGCGCUAGCACUAUUAGGUAAUAGCCAAGUGUAUCUCAAGGAAGGAUUAAAUGCUACUUUUGAAAAUAAUACAGCACUGUCAUUAGGAGGUGCUAUUUAUGCUACCGGUGACAGUUUUUUAAGACAACCUUGCACGUUUCAGCUUUACUCUAAUAAUUUUGAUUCAAAUAGACCUAAUAUUUUCCUAAAAUUUAUAAAUAAUACUUCAACACUAGGUGGUGGUUCUAUAUACUCCACUAGACUGUACAACUGCUUUUUAAGAAAUGCAAGCAUGUUUGUAGAUAGAAAUAUUAAUCACUUGAAGAAUAAAAUAUACAAUUCUACAAUUAAAGAUGCUUCAAAAGAAGUACUUCUCUUGUAUAUUUUAUAAAAGUUUGUAAUAAAGCA